GACCAAAUACAAAUCUCUCUCCAUUUUCUUUUCUAUAUAUAAACAAAGAAAAUAAAAAUUUUAAGAAUUAAAGAUAACGAUAAGCCAUCCACCCCGCACCAGUUUCGCCCACGAACCAGCCUUCAUUUCAGUGCCUCAACUAACUUUACACCUAUCAGUUUCCUUUUCUUUCUUCAUCUUCUUUAUCAGGUAACGGAAUUUCAUUUUUGGAAAAGAAAGAGCGAAAUUUGAGGGAUUGUUGGUUUCUUGACGGGGAUUUUUAUCUCUAGUUGUUGGGUUUUUUGUUUGAAUUUGAAUUUUUAGAAAAAAAAAAUGGAGUAUUGCGUGGCUGAGAGAGCGUUGAAAUCAAGUUUACGCAAUGAACUCGUCUACAAAUCUACCCAACAAGCUUUGUUUGAAGAUUUCUUGUGUUCGAAUGCAAAUAAUGGGGUUGUUUCGUGCGAUGAUUUCUCUGUUGAUUGUUUCUUUGAUUUCUCUAAUGGAGAAUGUUAUAUUCAAGAGAAAAAUAUGUUAGAAGUAGAAGAGGAAGAGGAGGAAGAAGAAGAAGAGAAAGAUUCUCUUUCUGAUUCCUAUCAAGAUCGUGUUGAUGAUGAUAAUAACUCCAAUUUUUCUACCACUUUUUCUAAUUCUCUCCUCUCCGGCGAACUCUCUGUGCCUGUUGAUGAUUUGGCUGAGCUUGAAUGGGUUUCUCAAAUUAUGGAUGAUUCUUCCUCAGAAUUCUCCCUUUUGUGUCCUUUGAAACCAGAGAACUUAAGCAAUCGAUUUCAACCACAACCUGAGCCUGCUAAUUUCAUCAAAACUUCAUGCCUUUUCCCUGCCCCAAUCCCAUCCAAGCCAAGAUCCAAACGUUCUAGAGCUAGAACCUGGUGUAUCGGGUCUCCGAUCUCAGACUUAUCACCAUCAUCACCGUCUUCUUCUUCGUCGCCGGCGUCGUCCUCUGCUUCAACUCCAUGUAUUGUUCUCACCAACAUGGUCCAAAGCAUUGACUCCAUAUUGACCGAACCCCCGAUGAAAAAACUAAAGAAAAAGCCGGAACUUCAAACCGGUGAGGCGUUCGGUUCGACCCAGUUCCAGCGCCGGUGUAGUCAUUGCCUGGUUCAAAAGACUCCGCAGUGGAGAACCGGUCCGCUCGGAGCCAAGACGCUAUGUAACGCUUGUGGAGUUCGUUAUAAAUCGGGCCGGCUUUUUCCAGAAUAUAGACCUGCCUGUAGUCCAACCUUUUCAGCGGAUGUUCACUCCAAUAGUCAUCGGAAAGUGUUAGAAAUUAGGAAGAAAAAGGAAAUAGUCGUACCGGAAUAUGGCAUGGUUCCUAAUUUUUGAAGAUUUUAGCUUCGUGAGUAGGUUUACGUGAACCGGUAAUCGAACCCGGUUUGAUUAGUGAAGGGGAUGUUUUGCAGGAUUCAGGCUUUGUAACGGUAAAGGAUUAUAGGUAGGUAUUUUCCUUGUUAUAGGGUUAAAUUAUAUUUUUAGUAUUUUUAUUUAGGUUUUUGUAGGUUUUUUUUACCCUUUUAAUUUUUGUAGGACAAGUUAACGAAGAGGAAAGAAUUUACGAGCAGAAGUUAAUUGGAAAUCUAAUAUCUAAGUUAUUCUGGAGAUCCAUAAAUCUCUUUAUUUUUAA